AAGAGUAGAGCCCUCAAUGUCAGAAAUACUCACCAAACCAAGAGUUAGUGGGUCCCCCCAAACCCUUCAUCACUGUCCCUCUCUCCAACCCCUUGACAUACUCCCUUUCACUGUACGUUAGCACCGCCGCCCUCACCGCACCUCCUCUCGACAUCCCCUCACCUCUCCUAACCACCAUCACACGUCCACUAACAUUCACCCCCAGCGCCUCCCAUAAUUCGCAAAAACUGCCGCACCCAAUGCCUUCCCCGACGGCGCGUAAGUGUGGUACGGACGAACUACAUCAAAACCCACCUCGGAAAACCCGAUCCGAUUACUGGACUACCCUGAUUGCUAAAAUGCGCUGUUAGAAGGUCAGAGUAGAAGGAGAGACUAAUGCCCUUACUAUUUCUUUUAUUUACCAAAGUUGCCACUUGAUUUACUUAUUGUGUUUAUCUCCGAGAUAAACUCGGAAAAGCUCCAGUAAGUUCUCCACCAACUUAAUCUCAGCUUGUUGCUUGUUGCUUGUUGCUUGUUGCUUGAGCUCAUGCUCAUGUGCUUAGCCGAGGUUUUCCAAAACCAGUCGAGUCAAUACGAAGUAGUUAUUGAUUUGGAAUCACCCGCCGAUUAUCCGUUAGGGGCGAGGGAUAUUGGAAUAAGGAUAAGAAGAAGAAGAAGAAGAAGAAGAAAAAGAACUUGAAUACAGGAACACUCCAGGGGAAUGCACACCAUGUGUUCGAGAAAAUGAUGAUCAAAAUGCCUAACUAGUAAUCCAGUAUAGCCUGCUCCUUACAAUCUUUCCUUGUUUUCCCCUUCAGUUCAUCCGUUAUCACACUAAAAACACAAUGGCCGAGCUCGGAAUCUCCAUAACUGCAAAGCUCAUUGAAGUUACUGGGUCUGCACUCAUCAAAGAGAUAUGUAAUACAUGGGGCUACGAAUCUGAACUUGCAGAUCUAAACAAAACUGUCUCCGCCAUCAAGAACGUCCUCCUUGAUGCUGAAUCCAAGCGGGAUCUCUCCCACGAAGCGCGCGGAUACAUUGAAGAGCUCAAAGCUGCUGUUUAUGAUGCUGAUGAUUUGUUCGACGAGUUCCUCACUCUUGCGGAAUUGAAGCUGCUCGGCCGCAACAAGAAUGGUAAAUUCCUUUUCUUUUCUUCUGAGAUAAAGGGGGUGCGUCAAGCUUACACAUUGUCUCGCCGGGUUAAGGGAAUUAAGAAACAGAUGGAUUCUAUUGUCGGAAACCAUCAGAAUUUUGGGUUUAGUGUUGAUUAUAAACCUGUAAGUAGAAGGAGAGAGGAAACUUAUUCAUUCUUAGAUGCAAAUGAUAUUGUUGGGAGGGAUGAUGAUAGAAAAUCUGUCAUAGAUUUAUUGCUAAAUCCUAAUAUUAGUGAUGAUUUUCGUUUUGUUACUAUUGUGGGAGUAGGAGGGUUGGGGAAGACAACUCUUGCUCAACUUGUUUAUAAUGAUAAAGAAGUUGAGAAACAGUUUCCUGAUCCAAAUUUAAGGUUGUGGGUUUGUGUCUCUGAUCAAGAUGGGAUUCAAUUUGAUGUUAAAUCAAUCCUAUGUAAGAUUUUAGAAUUAGUUACUCGUGAGAAGCCGAAUCCGGAUAGUUUGUCAACAAUGGAAUUGGUGCAAAAACAAUUUCAAGAGAAAUUAAGGGCAAAGAAGUUUUUUCUUGUUCUUGAUGAUGUAUGGAAUGAGGAUCGUGAGGAGUGGCUUAAUUUGAAAAAAUUCUUAAUGUUAGGUCAAGAGGGGAGUAGGGUGUUAGUUACCACACGUUCAGAGAUGACAUCGACUGUCAUAGGGAGUAAACAUACUUAUAAGUUGGAAGGAUUGUCCCGAGAUGAUUCUUGGCGCUUGUUUGAGAUGGCAGCAUAUGACAAAGGGGAGGAAGACGUGAACCAUCUUAAACUAGUAGAGAUUGGGAAGAAGAUUGUUGAAAAAUGUCAUAACAUCCCUCUUGCCAUAAAGGUGCUAGGAACUCUUUUAUUUGGUCAGGACAUAAGUAAGUGGAGGUCAUUUGAAGAGAGUCAACUGAUUGAAAUCGGCAAAGGUGAAAACAAGAUCAUGUCUAUACUAAAGCUUAGUUACCACAAUCUUGAAUCCUCGUUAAAAAGUUGUUUUAGCUACAGUGCUUUAUUUCCAAAGGACACUGAGAUAGAGAGGAAGAUGUUGAUUAGCCUUUGGAUCGCCCAAGGAUAUGUUGUGGGAUUAGAGGGAGGUCAAACCAUUGAAGAUGCCGCGGAAGAAUUUUUUUUAAUUUUGUUAAAGAGAUGUUUCUUUCAAGAUGUAAAGAAAAAUGAAUUUGGUGUUGUCCAGUCAGUGAAAAUCCAUGACUUGAUGCAUGAUGUCGCUCACGAAGUAGGGAGGGAGGAAAUACGUGUGGUGAAUUCUAAUGCAAACAACUUAGGAGACAAAAUCCGACAUGUUUGUUGUGUUGGUGAGACAUGUCCAGAAAACUCUCUCUUUAAGAGUAAAAUCCGUUCUUUUAUUUGUUGGCUUCCUAGAAAACCGCUUGUGGAUACACAAUUAGAUAGCUGGAUGUGUCUAAGGGUAUUGGACUUGACGUACACUUCAACUUUGGCUUCAAGUUUACCUCGUUCAAUAGGUAAGCUAUUGCAUUUAAGGUAUCUUAACCUGUCCUGGAAUAAAGAUGUUGCACUCUUUGAUUCAGUUGUUAAACUUCAUAAUUUACAAACAUUAAUUUUAAGUCAUUGCCAAAAUUUGAGGAAGUUGCCAAAAGAUUUUAGCAAAUUGGUUAAACUUAGGCAUUUGGAUUUAGAAUAUUGUGAUAAGUUGAUUUGUAUGCCUUUAGGAAUGAAUAAGUUGACUAGUCUAAGAGUGCUGCCAUUUUUUGUGGUGGGUAAGGGUAAGAGAAAUUCAACUGAGAGUCAAUGUAAUGGAGAGCUCAAAGACCUAAAAGCCCUCACCAACUUAAAAGGCUGUAUCUAUAUCAAAAUCGGUGAAGAUUAUAGAAAUAUGGAAGACAUAGAUGACAUAGAAGGAGGAUAUUUGAAGAGCAUGGAGAAUCUCACGGAGGUUAAAAUUGAAUUUGAUAAUGAUGGUUGUGUAGACCCUGAGACUGUAAUAGAAAAGCUGAAGCCACAUUCAAAUCUCAAGGGUUUCAUUUUGUGGAGGUAUAGUGGUGAGACGAUACCAAGGUGGGGAAAAACAGUGGACAAUUGGGCAUUCUCUCUACCACAGCUUGUCAAGAUUGAGCUUAGAUAUUGUGGUAAUUUGGAGCAGAUACCAUCGCUGAGUAAACUGCCUUAUCUGAAAUCAUUGGUACUUGAAGAUUUGUAUAUGUUGGAGUAUAUGGAGAAUACAAGUGAUUGUGAGUCAGCAGAGUUGACAACAUUUUUCCCCUCCCUUGAACUUCUUGAAAUUAACUCUCUCAGGAGUUUGAAAGGAUGGUCGAGACAGGACGGGCUUGUAGUUGUUGAUGAUGAUCAUCUCUUUAGUAGGAGAAGGAGAUUUUCCUGUCUCUCUCAAUUGAAAGUUGUGUUUUGCCCUAACUUGACCGCAUUUCCUUCUUGUCCAAGCCUAGAAGAUUUGGAGUUGCAUAGGAACAAUAACACAUUGCAAAUAAUACCAGAAUAUAUAGGAGAUGACACUGCUCGAAAUUCACAAGAUAGCGUCAGAUUGAGGAGGGUGAAAUCUGAUAACAUAAUGGGUUACCUCAAAUCAAUACCCCUGCCAUAUCUUACUUCCCUCCACAUAAUAUCCAAAGAGGUGAAGAGUUUAUCAGAAGUUGGGGAGAUAUUCCACCGUUGCUCUUCCCUGCGAAGCCUUACAAUUGGGCAUUGCUACAAUCUGAGGAGACUUUCUGGAGGAGGAGGAGGAGGAGGGUUGGAGCAUCUCACUGCCUUGGAGUCACUUAAAUUUGACAGCACCAAUCUGAGCAUCUUUGAAGACGAAGGUGAUGAUGACAGCACGCCAUGGAAAUCCCUUAAUCAAAGCCUCCGUUCCCUGACAUUUGAAUUUGCUGGAAAGAUGAUGAGUCUUCCCAAGGGGUGUCAAUACUUGAACUCCCUCAAAAGCCUCCGACUUUUUUGGUGUCCUAGUAUGAAUGCCCUGCCAAAAUGGUUAGGCUGCUUAUCAUCUCUUCAAUCCUUAUCAAUCAAUUAUUGCAGUGCCCUGAAAUCACUUCCAGAAGCAAUGCAAAACCUCACUUCCCUUCAAAAGCUUGAAAUAGCUGAUUGUGGAGACCUAGAAGAUAGAUGCAAAGAACCCCAUGGGGAAGACUGGCCCAAAAUUCAACACAUCCCUUACGUGGAAAUAGGGUAUUGACAUGGUUCAAACCGUUCAAUGACUGUUGGAGUUUUCAAUGUCAUGUCCCUGAGCGAACUUCUAUGGAUCUCCGGUUUCCAUAUAUACGGGAAAACAUCAUGCAAAUUUCUGUGAGGUUAGUUGAUUAUUCUCAAUGGGGGCUUUUGUAGCCGGUCACAUUUUCUCCAUCAGAGAUAGCUUCUCGGUGUCUUUUAAGUUUUACCUCUCUAAAAAACUUAUCACCCUCCAGGUUAAGAAUAUCCAGCUCGAUAUUGAUGAUGUGUUCCUUAUGGAUGAUCUGAAGGAGAUAUAGUGUGUGUAUGUAAGUAUGUGUGGGGAGCAGGGGGUGAGUCCAGAUGACCCUGUUCUUGCAGAGGAUAAUUGAUUUUGUCAUGUAAAAGUAUCACUUAAUGACACAAAUCGUAAUGUUCAUAACCAGUUUAGGCAUUACUCUGAGAAUCACCUGAUGGAUAUGUAUACUCUUUAUAUAUGCUUCAAGAAACUCAGUUUUGAAGAGGAAAUGAGCAACUCAGUUUUGGUAAGCUAAGCUGUGAUGAUCAUUGGUAGAUUCCUUCAGCAUAAAGCUAGACUCUGGAGUCUGGCCACACCUAACAUACAGCGUUUUGAUUUUGGCAACUGGAUCGGUACAAAAGAAUUUUGUAGUAAGCUUCUGAAAUAUUUGAAGGCGGAGGUGACGCCUUUUGAUGCUCAUUGCUCAACUAUAGUCAUGCCCAUUGCACAUUUUAAUGAUUAUAGGCAGCAUUAAGUACGUUUAAUAUUUUGUAAUUAUAACUACAGUACAUCUUUUGUAAUUAAGAUUAUCAUCUUUGCUCAAUGGAAUUCAUCAUCAUACUUUCUACAAAA